CUAUUCUAUAAUACAACGUAGUUUGGAGUUGCUCUUGAAAUGGAGAACAAAAUUUCUUAGCUUCAAGGUUAGCCAAAGGUACACUGUCAUCAAAACCAAAACUGUCCCUAUCUUCGAUCUCUUCUUGAGUACCAUAUAUAUUAUCCAUAGACAGUUGUGUUAUCUGCUGUUCAAUAUUCAUUUCAGUAUCUGUCUCAUAUCCUGAGUUAUUAAUUAUUGAACGACGAUAUAUAGUGAGUGAAGUCCUGAAGUGGAAGGUUUUUGGUAACUGAAUCGAAGUUUUCACCAAUGAUCUGUAACUUCGGUGUUUUUUCUACAUCAUUCACAGGAUCUAUAUAGUCCUAUAGCUGACGGUACAGCGAUAAAGAAUAUCUGCAUUCGCUAUCUACCCUUUAUUAAUCUGAAGAUGCCACUUGUUGUCUAAUACUUUGCGUAGAAAGCAUAUAAUUUGGAAGUUACGGAUACUUUCCUGCCAAAAAAUCCUGACCGAAAAAUAGUUGUUAAACGUUUUAUAAACAACGUUUUUAGAAACAAGAUCAGUUGUCACCAAAAACAUGAACCACUAAUAGUGAUUAACAACGAGAGUCUGGGAGUUACAGCAAAAUGGAAUCAAUGCAAGCCGGCUAUUAACUUCAUAUUAUAGUCGAGAUAAAUUUCACAUAAGUCGGAGCUCGAUCAUUACAAAAAAAAAAUAAACACCUUAUAUCUCGUUAACGACAAUCUGCACUCCGCGGCGGUACAUAGCUUCAAAUGACUAAAGUUCAUGUUAGUGUUAAAUUGUUUUAUGAAAAGAUAUGCUAGCACAAGAUUUUUUGUGCUAGAUGUCACUUCAUGAGAUUGAUCUGUCUGUAAUCUAUGUCCCCAGAUUUAGUUUUUGAAAAAAUUUUAUAUUUUUGUUGUGUUCAGUGAUAUUCGUCAGCACGGAGUAGUUCUUGUUACCAGUGAAGAUUUAGAUAACCUUUAACAUAUCUCGACUUACUAAGUAUCUCAAUGAUUUUAUCGAACUACGUCUAGUAAGAAAUUCAUUCCCUAGAGGACGUAAAACAAUUACACCUAUUACCAACCAAUAAAUUAUUUCUAUUGUUUCUACUUAAACAUUCAGUGGAAUGGACUCAUCAAAAAAAUACGUUAAUAAAUCUCCAGAAGAAAAUGCCGGUGUGAUUUCUAGACUUUUUUUUGUGUGGUUUCUGCCGUUCUUCAAAUUUGGUUACCAAAAUGACAUUCAAUUGAAGCAUGUCUACAGCAGUACUAAAAAUGAUAUGUCCGGACCUCUUGGUGAUGCUCUACAAAAAAAUUGGGAGGCGGAAUUACGUAAUACCAAAGGAGAAAAAAAGAAGAAACCUAGUUUGAAAAACGCCAUCCGUAAGACAUUUUGGAUGCGAUUUGCCUUUUAUGGCUUUGCAAUGUUUAUUCAAUUUGGAAUUUUAAGGAUGACGUUACCUUUAGUAUUGGCCAAAUUCAUAAGCUUCUUCGACUCAAAGAAAAACCCUCAUGAAGGCUGGAUGUGGGGAUCAGGAGUAAUAUUAAUGUCAUUUACCCAUGCUAUUAUAUCUCAUAGUGCCAGAUUAGCCUCUCAACGAAUUGGAAUGAGAGUGCGCAUAUCGGUUUGCUCUUUAGUUUACAGAAAACUAUUGAGGCUAAGUCACUGUUCCCUCGGAGAAACUGCGGCUGGUCAACUGGUUAAUCUCCUUUCCAAUGAUGUACAAAGAUUUGAUUUUGCAUCUACAUAUAUGCAUGUAAUUUGGAUUAUGCCCAUACUAGCUAUAAUUUCUUUCACUAUUCUAUGUUUUUAUGUUGGUGUUAUAACUGCAGUGGCCGGAAUGCUAUUCAUAACAUUGGAAUCAAUUCCUUUACAAGGAAUGUUGUCUAAAUGGCAAGGAAAAUUGAGGUACAAAAUUGCCCUGAAAACUGAUAAAAGAGUGAAACUCAUGAAUGAAAUUACCUCAGGGAUACAAGUUAUCAAGAUGUACGCUUGGGAGAAGCCGUUUGAAAAAUUUGUUGCGCUUUCAAGAAAGUAUGAAAUAAAUGUAAUUUCAAAAACUUCUUACUGUUUUGGAAUUAUCUCGUCGAUGGGUGUAUUUACAGAACGUGUCAUUCUUUUUGUAACUGUAAUAACAUACGUAUUACUUGGAGGAAAAUUGACGAGCGACAUUGCAUUUUCUUUGGCUCAGUUGUAUAAUACUGUUCAAGUCGUUAUGGCCAUUUUAUUUCCUAUGGGUUUAUCCGCCUACUCAGAAUCUAAAGUAUCAAUCACCAGAGUCGAACAAUUUUUAAUGUUAGAAGAAAAUGAAGAAAAGAAAGAUAAAAAAGAAGCAAAUGUAAGUGAUAUGGGGGAUAUUAAGAUAACUGAUGCGGUUGCAAAAUGGAAUAAAAAAUCUAUCGUUCCUACAUUAAUUAAUAUUAAUUUGCAUAUCAAGCCUGGAACUUUAUGUUGUGUGGUUGGCAACGUAGGCUGUGGUAAAAGUAGUCUGCUGCAAUUGCUACUUAAGGAACUUCCUAUAAGUCAAGGAAAAUUAGAAAUAUCUGGAAAAAUAUCAUAUGCAUCUCAGGAGCCAUGGCUUUUUGUUUCUAGUGUGAGAAAGAAUAUUCUUUUUGGGAAACCAAUGGACAAAAACAGAUAUCAAAAUGUAGUUCAAGUUUGUUCCCUCGAAAGAGAUUUUCGGCAAUUACCUCAUGGAGACAAAACAUUAGUGGGUGAAAGAGGCACUUCGUUAAGUGGAGGUCAAAGAGCAAGAGUGAAUUUGGCAAGAGCCGUCUAUUCAGAAGCAGAUAUUUAUUUACUUGAUGACCCACUUUCUGCUGUAGAUACGAAAGUGGGAAGGCAUUUAUUUGAUGAGUGCAUAAUGAAAUACUUAUCUGGAAAAACUAGGAUAUUGGUUACACAUCAACUCCAAUAUAUGAGAGAAGCAGAUCUAAUAGUUAUGAUUAACAAUGGUAGAAUAGAAAGAGUUGGUACAGUAAACGAUUUAUCUGAGAUCGAAUUGAAUACUCUGAAUCUCACCUCUGAAGUAGAUGAUCAAGAAAACGGAGAAAUUACAGAAGAAGCUCCCAAGGAAAAAAUGGAAUUGGAUUUGAAUGAUUCUCAAUUUCAGUCAAAUACUUCGUUGAUUAGUUUCGAAGAGCCAAAAGAAACUGAAGAAUUAAUUGCCAAAGGUACUGUUUCGACAUCUACCUAUCUGGAAUAUUGGAGUAAUGGGGGUAGCAUAUUUUCACUAUUAUUUAUGUGUGCUAUAUUCAUAUUUGCCCAAAUAAUUGCUAAUGCAACCGACCUUUGGUUAACAAAAUGGACUAACAGUGAAGCAAAUAAACGCAAUGUCGCCAAUCUAGUAUUGACUGGAGUUACACCGUCGACUAAAGUGCCUUCUAUCAUAACAAAAGAGUCUUUUAUUAAUUUAUUAACCAAUGGAUCCUCGACAGUAUCAGAUAAUUCGACUGUUGAAACAAUAUUAAAUUCAGUAGCAGAUUCCGAAGCAACUGAAAGUCAAGAACACUACAUCUCUAUAUAUUCGAUGUUGAUAAUAGCCUCAAUAGUAUUUGUUACAUGUCGAUCGAUGAUUUAUUAUAAAAUAUGCAUGACCGCUUCUAGAGUAUUACAUGACAAGAUGUUCAACAACAUCCUUCAAGCACCUAUGAGAUUUUUCGAUACAAAUCCCUCAGGUAGAAUAUUGAAUAGAUUUUCUAAGGAUAUGGGGGCAGUCGAUGAACAACUGCCACGUUGUCAAAUCGAAACACUUCAGAUUCUCUGUGUUAUGAGUGGAAUAUUAGUGAUGGUAUUUAUUGUGUCGCCUUGGAUGAUUAUUCCAGCAUUACUACUAGCACCUCUUUACUACAUGUGGAGAAAUAUUUACUUACGAAGUUGUCAAGCUCUAAAGAGACUGGAAGGAGUCACACGAGCCCCAGUUUUUUCUCACGUAUCAGCUUCAUUAUAUGGGAUAACAACAAUCAGAGCUUCAAACGCAGAAGACAUGAUUAUUAAAGAGUUUGAUGCUUUACAGGAUAACCAUACAGGUGCAUAUUUCUCAAUGUUGGUGAGCGGAGCAGCUUUUGGUUUUUAUCUAGAUGUUUUCAGUUGUAUUUUUCUAACAGUUGUCACGUUUCAAUUUUUAAUAUUCAGAACAGACAAUACACUAAGUGGUAACGUUGGAUUGGUAAUAUCUCAGUGCAUUAUUUUGACGAAUAUGGUCCAAUAUGGAAUUCUUCAAAGUGCAGAGGUCGUAAAUAACAUGAUUAGUGUAGAGAGAGUGUUGCAAUAUACUAAACUAGAAAAAGAAGGUCCAUUUGAGUCUUUACCAGCUAAAAAACCUCCUAGAGAUUGGCCAAAUAAAGGGGAAAUUGUUUAUAAAAAUGUUUACCUUAGAUAUGCUAUGAAUUUACCGCCGGUUUUAAAAAAUUUAACCAUCAAUAUCGCGUCUGGAGAGAAGAUUGGUAUCGUAGGAAGAACUGGAGCAGGUAAAUCAACACUAAUUUCUUCACUAUUCCGAUUGGCCCCAAUAGAUGGUACAAUACUGAUAGACGGCAUCGAUACUGCCCAGAUUGGCUUAACUGAUUUGAGAUCAAAAAUAUCCAUCAUUCCCCAAGAACCAAUAUUGUUUUCAGCAUCCAUUAGAUACAAUUUGGAUCCCCUUGAGAAUCAUUGCGAUGAAACUUUAUGGGAUGCUAUACAAAAUGUAGAAUUGAAAGAUGUGAUAAACGAUCUAACUAAACCUGUUAGCGAAGGAGGUUCCAACUUUAGUGUAGGUCAAAGGCAGCUGAUCUGUCUAGCUAGAGCUAUGGUUAGAAGAAACAAAAUUCUUGUUAUGGAUGAGGCAACUGCUAACGUUGAUCCACGGACUGACGAUCUUAUUCAAAAGACCAUUCGCGAGAGAUUCAAAGACUGUACUGUGCUCACCAUUGCUCAUAGGUUAAAUACUAUUAUGGAUUCAGAUAAAGUUCUUGUAAUGGAUAAUGGAGAAACUAUGGAAUUUGACCAUGCACAUAAAUUGCUACAAAUAUCAAAUGGAUACUUCAGUAACAUGGUAAAGGAAACUGGUGCUGCCAUGGAAGAAACACUGAGAGCCAUAGCAAAAAGUGAUUAUGACAAAAAAAAGAACAAUUACAAUCAAUCUGAACUGGAGUAGGUUCUUUUAGUGUUAAUUAUGUAUCAAAAAAUGAUUAAACAAACAUUUUGAAAUUGUGAA